CAAGCGACACUUUUAUUAUCCCAAUCUCUCCAUUCCCUCACACACACACACACACACACACACACCAAAAGACUCCAUUGUCACCACCCCACACACAUACACACAGCCGUCACGCGUCAUGCCCACGCAUCAAACUCAUGUUUCCAUCUUGAUGUCCGUCCAUUCCCCACCAGCCCACCCACUCGAGACACACGCACACACACACACACACACACACGACGCAAAAACUCAGCCACUCUCCCUCCCUCAUGGCAUCCCGGCACACACACGAACACACACAGAGUCAAAAAUCUCUCAUCCCUCAGCCUAUCCAAUCAACCGCCAGGCAGCGACAUACACAUCAAGAAAGAAGGACAAGGAAGGAGGGGCACGUGCGAUGGAUGGUGCGCUCGGCCGAGACGAAAAAUGGAGGGACCAUGUGCCGUAUGUCAUGUCAGCACAUGGAAGGAGCGCUCAGGACAGAAAGGUCGAGACGCGCCCAUUCGUUCUCUCAUCGCACACAUACCAACCAGACACCAACGAAGCGUUAGGCUAGUCACUGAACGUGAACCAUUGCAAGAAGCACACCCACCCGGGACACGCACCCACACAACUAACUGCAAAAUCGAUACAUGCAUAGGAUAAAAACACCCCCAGGCCUGCCCCAACGAUCCCUCCCGUCACUCCCUCCCUCACCCUGCCGCAGCAGUGGCUCUCUCACCGUCGCCGCCCCCAAUCGACCCGUGACGAAUUCGCAUCAUCCUGUCCACCGUCACAGCCACCUCCCCGUCAUCCCCACCCCCAUGGCCACCGCCCUCAUGGCCAUGCAGGGCCAGCGAUGACUCCUGCUGGCCGCCCUCACCAAACUGGAAAUCGACCGCAAAACCCUCCUGCAGCCUCUCCUCCUUCCUGCCGGGCUCCUCUGCCGCUUGCUCUCGUCCUCUGCCCAGGAGUGCGUCCUUCUGCUCAUCACUGAGGAUCCGCAAUGUCCCUGGCUCGCUCAUCUCCUCGUCAGCCAGCGUCAGCGGCCCUAUCGCAACCCUCUCGAGGGCCCUGACGUCCACACCGAUGCCCUCAAACAGAAUCCGCACUAUGUAGCCCGCCCGGUCGCUGUCGAACCCAUUCACCCGCACCAAGGGUGAGGAUCGCGAGCAGUGGGAUGGGUGGGCGAAGCGGCCAAGCCGUGCUGAGGCGACUUCGUGGUUGGGGAUGAGGGAGUCGCGACCGCCUGUGUCGCCCUGCCACGCCUGUGAGACGGGCCACGGCUCUGCUGGAGGGGAGGGGGAGGGGGAGGUGGAGGUAGGGGCGGGGUCGUCCUGUUGCGUCUCGUCAGACGGCCACCACACCUCUGCUGCCGUCUUGACCGGCGGCCUGCAUACACACAGCCGCACAGCACAGAGAGACAGAGAGAGAGAGCAUCACCAGACUGACCAACGAUUUAGCUUCCUUCUUGUUCGUUCACCUCACCUGGUGGGUUGGUCCGCCCAUAAGAGCUUCACGCCAUCCUUGAGUCGCUUCGCCUGUGCGUAGGUCAUGGGCUGCUUCGGUGUCACCCGCCACCAGAAGGGCACCGAGCAGGGAGGGGAGGACGGCAGUGAGGGCGUUGCUGUGUGGCCAUCAGUCGGUCCAAAGUCCGCCGCCCGCACGUGUUCGUCGAGGUGUCGCCGCUUGAAGUCGCGCACAAACGGGUUGUGCGCUGGGCUGGCGGGUGCCUCGGGCGAGGGGCCCUCCAGCACCGACUGCAGCUUCUUGUCAUUGCUGAUGGAUGGAUGUGCACACACAUCAAUCACAACAUCAGCAGAGGAGAGGUGAUCGAUCCAAUGCGUGUGUGUGUGUGUGUGUGUCUGUGUACGCCUCACUCACCUGAGCAGCAUCAGCCCCGAGGCGGCUGGUCCGAGUCUGCACACGGGGUGGACGUGGAGGAAGGGCGAGGGGAGGAGGUCGCGGAUGGAGGGCCGCCGCAUGAAGUCGACGUUGUGGCAGACGUAGCCCUGGGGCUUGUGCAGGAUGAAAGUCACGUUCCGCAGCAUGUCGAGAGGGUACCCCUGCAGGCUGAUGGCGUCCUACAUCAACCACACCACACCACACCGCGGUCAGCAUACAGACAGUCAGGUCUACAACACAUAUGAAGAUGUGUCUGUCUGGGAUCUCCUCACCUUCUCGUCGUCUAUCCAUUUGUUCUGGUACACAAUGCUGCAGCGCAAAAGCACACGAAGUGCCACACAGCGAGAUUGAUGCGUCAUGUCACUCUCUAGACGGCACCCACCCAGUGAGUGCCUACUUGCGAUUGACGGCGACUUUGCCCUUGUGCAGGAGGUAAGUGGCUUCCUCUCUGCCGCAGACGCCAGACUUGACCAGGACAGUCUCCAGCAGCCGAGCUGUGCGGAGGAUGGACGUCAGGUGCAUGGGCAGCCGGAAGGGAGCCUUGUCGGUGGGGAAACGGUGAAGUCGGGCUGCGGAUAACUCACAGCUAUGUUCUAUUCACUCGCACAAGGUUUUGU